CACGGACAUUGAGACGCGAUGGCGUCGCUGCUGGAGCGAAUUCGACUGCAGAAAGCUGAAAAGGUACUGGAGCAAUUACAAGAUGCGAUUCGAUCGCAGAUGCGCAUGGAAGGCGAGCACAAGCGCAAGCCGCUGGACAUGCCAAGGAAACGAUCGCAGCAGAAAGCCCUGACGACCGACGACGACUGGAUUCGGCUUGCUCCACCAACGUACAACGGCCAGCCCAUUGCGUCGUACCCAAAGACGCGAGAGUUUUGGUCGGGUGCCGACUUCACAAAGAUGUCAACGAGGCAACUGCAGGCUGUGGCAGACUUAUUGGGGGUCGAUCUCGACGGGAAGAAGGUCGCGCUCGUGGCUAGGCUACAGGAUUGGGUGAACGAGCCAGCGAUUCUCGCCCACCGGCGCCGAAUCGAGAGGGAGAAUCGAAAGCGCGAAAGAGUCGAAGCGUCGGGAGGCGUGUUUGGCUUUGGCAACAAUUUCUCGGGGCAACUUGGGCUCGGCCACCGCAACGCAUGCAACGAGCCUACUGAAAUCAUGGGCCUCAAGGGGCGGUGCAUCACCAAGGUAUUCACGGGCUUUGACGCCGACUACGCAUUCGCCUUAUCCUCGACGGGCGAAGUAUACUCGUGGGGCGGAAACGGCGUUGGGCCAACUGCCUGUACUCCCAAACAUGCGAAACCAGACGUGAUCAAGACGAUUCCAGUGCCGCUGCCACCAGCUCACCUUCCGGCUCCCCCGCCGUCGCUUCCACCUCACGGCGACACGACUUUUCUGUACCCUUCCGUCGUGCGCUACUUACGCAUGGAGAGCGUGGAAGCGUUCGCUUGCGCCAGUGUGCAAGGCCACGUGGCGGCAAUUACAACUGCUGGACGGUGCUACACGUGGGGAAAAAACGACUACGGGGAAUUGGGUGUGGGGCACGUGGCUAACAGCAACGAGAAUGCCCAGCCGCGACAGGUCGAGGCGCUCGCACAAGCGAUGGUAGUGGCCGUCGGGGUCGGCAAUUCCCACACAAUUGCCAUCACGAACGCUGGCAAGUGCUAUGCAUGGGGCGCGGCUUGGGGGGGCCAGCUCGGGCUUGGUAUCACCAAGCGUGAAGGGGAAUUUGCCGAGCGGAGGCUCCAAAUGUGCUUCCCGUCCCCGACGUUGCUCGAGGUGCCAGUGCGCGUGGCGCAAGUGUCGUGCGGUGCAGCGCACUCUGGUCUCAUAGCUGCUACAGGGCAGCUCUAUAUGUUUGGGUGUGGCGAUGGUGGCCGGUUGGGCACCGGGUCCAACGCAGAUAUGCUCAAUCCAACCUUAGUGCACGCGUUCGAGAACGAACGAGUGCUACAGGUGUGCUGCAGCAACUGGCACACGCUUUGUAUUGCCGCGCCACGACAAGUUGCGAGUCAUGGCUCCGGCGGAAGCACCGGUCCCGCAGCCGGCUGGGUGUACGCAUUUGGCAGUGGUCUGAAUGGCCAGGUGGCUCGUCAAGCCUUGGGAAAUCUCUUUUCAUCGGCAUGGUUAUGUAGCUGGGUCUAGGCAAGCAAAAGCAAGCCAAGCUACCGAGUAUGACCACUUCGUCGUAUUUGUCGAAGGUGUUGAAGGACAUGCUCCCUGUGUAGCGAAGAUUCCUGAGCUGAUCAAGCGUAAGAUGAAGUGCAUCGAUGUGAAAGCAUCGUCGUAUCAUUCCUGCGCCCUGGCGGAAGAUGGGUCCGUCUUCACAUGGGGCCGGAAUUCGUCAGGUUGCUUGGGCCGAUUCACCCCAGACGCUGACUCGUGCGAGCCCGACGUGGUGGCCACCGUCAAAUCCUGGGGGUACGGCCCUGUGACGUCCGUGGCGUGCGGAUGUCGAUUUACUCUGAUCGUCGCGGCUCCCUGGAGAGGCAUUUCGAAACCCGAAUUCACACACAUGACGAACCUGAACAGCCGACAGAAGCUCGCGGAACGUGUUCCCGUGGAAUACGUUCUCGAAGAAUGAACGAUUAUAACGGAAUAACGAUGCUGCGCAGUGCGUGAGCUGUCUUACGGCAAGCUGUGUCCGUUGACCUGCCGCGUCAUG